AUGAUCCUUAGGUACGCAAUUCAGAGAUCUUCAAGUUCCUGUAUCGGCUUAUGUAGCACGUCGAGUUUCGCGAAUGCCACCGAUUAUCGGAAAAGGCGAAUUUCGACAAGCUCGAAAUUCAAUGUCGUCACAAUUCCGACGGCGGCGAGCCUUGUCGCGAGAAGUCCACCAAAUAUCAGACCGUAUUUAGAAUUGAUGAGGGCUGAUAAGCCUAUUGGAACAUGGCUUCUCUAUUGGCCUUGCACUUGGAGUAUUGCAAUCGCAGCGCCGGCCGGCCAACUGCCAUCGCUUUACAUGCUCUCCUUGUUUGGAGCCGGUGCAUUUCUUAUGCGAAGCGCCGGAUGUGUGAUUAAUGAUCUAUGGGAUAAAGAUUUUGAUAGACGGGUUGAACGCACCAAAUCUAGACCACUUGCUUGCGGCUCAUUGAGCAAUAAGCAGGCGGUCGGACUCCUUGGCGGCCUACUAUCAGCAUCGUUGGCGAUUUUGCUUCAACUAAAUUGGUAUAGUGUUGCCGUUGGAGCUUCAUCGAUGCUUCUCGUCGUCGGGUACCCGCUCGCGAAACGAUACACCUAUUGGCCGCAAUUUGUUCUAGGCGCCACCCUGAAUUGGGGUGUGCUCAUCGCGUGGGCAGAGCUUGUCCGGCUCGAGAACGCCACCACAUUCGUUCCACUUUACGCGGCUACCGUACUCUACACGGUGAUCUACGACACGAUAUACAGCCAUCAGGUGUGGAAUUGUCUGACGUUCAAUUGGGGCGCGCUGCUCGGCUGGUCGGCGAUACGCGGCGAUCUUGCCUCGCCAGUGCCACUACUACUGUACGUCGCUGCUCUCCAGUGGACACUGCUGUACGAUACGAUCUACGCGCACCAGGACAAAGCCGAUGACAUUAUGAUUGGCGUGAAGUCGACGGCGUUGCGCCUCGGCGACGAUACCCAAAAAUGGUUGGCGGCGUUUGGCGUCGGCGUUGUUACGUCGCUGUCCGCCGUGGGUUUCACCAGCGACCAGACAUGGCCGUAUUGGCUAGCGUUGGCAGGAACGAGCGCCCAGCUCGCUUGGCAAAUCGGAACAGUCGAUAUCAACAAUGGUACGGAUUGCUGGAAGAAGUUCAAGUCGAAUUCGUGGAUGGGUGUCAUCUUGUUCGCCGGAAUCGUCGCCUCGACGCUCCUCAAAGAGGAGACCGAGGGGAAGAAGCCGGAACAUAACCAUAUUUGA